GAAUCUCCAUUUGGAGUGACGGAAGUUCGCACUUCGCAGCAGCCUGAAACAACAGCAGGCCCCCACCACCACUGCUGCUGCGGCUUCCGGGCAACAUGUACCAGCUGUAAACAUGGCGGAGGAGCUAUUGGAAGCAGUCGAGAAGUUGCAGUCAAGGCUCACAGAGAAUCAAGAGCCUCGCAAGCUGCUGAAAACUCUUAAAAGGCUGGGGGAGCUUCCUAUAACAGUAGACAUCCUGGUGGAAACAGGCAUUGGAAAGGCAGUGAAUUCUCUGCGCAAACAUGAAUUUGCUGGGGAGGCAGCAAAGAACCUUGUGGCCAAGUGGAAAAAGCUUGUGCCAGAGAAAACUGCAGACAGACCAAGUGUAAAGGAAGGGCGUUCCCACUCACGCAUUAAUGAGUCUGGAGGGCACAAACGAGUCCGGGAGCGGUCUCCAGAUGAGCCUCCACUUAUGGAGGAGGAACAACAUGAAGAGAUGGGAUACCAACAUGGCUACUCCCCCUCCCCUCCACAGCACUACAGCUCACAGUACAGGCACAGUAGCGCAAGGGAGUAUCAGUCAGAUGAAUAUGAAAGCCCUCCUGAAGAGGAGCCAGAGCCCAGUCCCCCACGCAAUGACAUUAGACACAGCAAGCCACACAAAGAGCCAGUCAGAGAGCACAAUUCCCAAGACAUUCGGGAACAGGAGAGACGGAAGAAUCGUCCCACGGGUGUCAGCAGCAGUGAGGAGAGGUCGCAUAGAGCCGACAGAGAGCAACAGGGUGGGACGAGUCACAAAUCUAAACACCAUCGACAUUUAAGCCCACACGAAAGCAAAAGGGAAAAGAAAGGAGGAAGUGAUGGAAAAUCAAGGGAGAGGAGGGAAGUUCCAGAGCCAGUGGAUGAGGAUGAGGAGCCAUAUGAGGCUCCAACUAUGUCUUUCGAAUCCUUUCUUACAUAUGAUGCUCCGACCCCAAGCAAAAAGAAGAAAAAGCAGUCCUCGCGACCCCCUCAGCCUCCUGCCUCGAUUCCUUCUGCUUCCUCUAAGUCUGGCAAAGCCAAUGGGACCAGUAGUAAACAUUCAAAGCCAUCCUCUUCCUCAGUGACCACGCCUGUUCCAGAGAAGCGCAGGAAGGUAGUGGAUGUGGUUCCCACACUGCCUGAUAUCCCUUUGCCAGCCAUCCAGCCCAACUACAGACCACUGCCCUCCAUUGAUCUUACACCACUGACCCCCCAGAGACGCAAAGUCCCACUAUCACAUGAGGAAGAGGAUGGUGGCUACGCAGGGAGACGACUGAACUCUAAAAUGGUGGUGUACUCUGGGUCCAAGACUUCGUAUUUACCGAAAAUGAUGUCUCUGUUUGAACAGUGCAUCAGAGUCCUACAGAACAAUAUAGAUUCAAUUGAUGAAGUGGGUGGAGUGCCAUUUGAAAUUCUGGAACCGGUACUGGAGAGAUGCACUCCUGAGCAGCUUUACCGGAUUGAGCAGUGUAAUCCAUAUUUCACAGAAGAUUCAGAUGAUCUGUGGAUGAAACACUGCCAGCGGGAUUUUAAACACGACCCUCGACAAGAGUAUGAAUCCUGGAGGGAGCUGUAUCUCCGGCUCCAUGAAGAAAGAGAAGAGCGUCUGCGCAAGCUCACAGAGAACAUCACUUCUGCCCAUGCAAACAAACCUAAAGGGCGGCAGGUUAAAAUGGCUUUUGUCAACUCUGUCGCUAAGCCUCCACGAGAUGUCCGCCGUAAACAGGAGAAGUUUGGCACUAAAAAUGGUUCUACCAGCACAAGCGCUGCUCCUCCAUCUGCCAAGAUCAGACCAGCAACAAACUACAGUGCUUAUAGCAAAACCAGUGAUGGUGGUCAGUCUUCUUUUAGCAGUCCCCCUGAGUCCUCCUCACGCGCCUCUGCUCCCAGCAGUGCUGGUGCUCCCAGUGCCAGAGACAAACCACAGGUCAAAAAAGUUGCUCCAAUGAUGGCUAAGACUAUCAAGGCAUUCAAGAACAGAUUUUCCCGGCGGUAAAGAGAAAAAUGUUUUUGUGCGUGUGUGAUAGAAGAGAGAACGACUGGAAGAGGAAACAUUUUUUUUUGCUGUAAUGCUUCAUAGGAAAUGUGCAAUGCCCUCUCACCUCUUAUCUUUUUAUGCUUUUUAAUAUUAUCAGUACAGCUCACUGGACGCAAUCAUAGAAAAUAUCCGCAUCAACAACCAUCCACACUCAAUUAUGUCAUAGCAUGUUGUAAGCUUUUUACAUACACGGAAAACAAGUGGUACACUACAGAUUACCAUGUGACACCAGAACCCAGACCCUCUGUUAUAUGUUUAUUUAAUUGCUUACAAUAAUCAUUGCAUUUUCAUGGGACUAAGUAUACGAUUUUAUUGUAGAGUGAGAGGGAGAAAGAGAUGAGAUGUAAAAAGUUCAAGGACUGUACACUUCCACACCAUCAUAUUUAUUGAAAAUCUUGGACCUGGCAGUCCUGGACCUUGCCUUGGAUGAAAGAUCAAGUCGUUUUAAUAGAUUUUAUGAAGUGUUCUAUGGACAUUUUUAAUAAAAUCCAUGUUGCUCUCA